CCUCCCAGAACUGGCUGCAGCUCUAAAUCCGGCAGAAGUGAGGGAUGCGCUGCGGCCUCAGGGUCCAGCGCUAAGAAACUCCUCCUGGAGGUUCCAGCUGCUGCAUGGAGGCGGUUUCUCAGUGAGGGGCCCGGGCGAGGCAGGGGCUCCUGUGGUCCAGAGAACAGAGCGGGACACUCACUGGGCAAAGGGACUGGACCAGCCGGGGCCUCCUCCGUCACCCGGCCUGCUCCGAGAGCCCCAGGCCAUGCCCAGGAGACGGUGGGGACUAAGGAGAGUAACAGUUACCCCUCCAUGGCCGAUCCCUACCUGUCCAGCUAUUACCCGCCGUCCAUCGGAUUUCCCUACUCCCUCAACGAGGCGCCCUGGUCUAGCGGAGGGGACCCUCCCAUCCCGUACCUCACCACCUACGGACAGCUCAGUAAUGGAGACCAUCACUUUAUGCACGAUGCUGUUUUUGGGCAGCCUGGGGGCCUGGGGAACAAUAUCUAUCAGCACAGGUUUAAUUUUUUCCCCGAAAACCCUGCCUUCUCAGCCUGGGGGACGAGCGGGUCUCAGGGGCAGCAGGCUCAGAGUUCUGCUUACGGAAACAGCUACACCUACCCGCCAAGCUCCCUGGGCGGCACGAUUGUGGACGGACAGACAGGCUUUCACAGUGACACCCUCAACAAGGCCCCUGGAAUGAACAGCCUGGAGCAAGGCAUGGUGGGCCUGAAGAUUGGGGACGUCACCACCUCUGCGGUCAAGACAGUGGGGUCGGUGGUCAGCAGCGUGGCGAUGACGGGCAUCCUUUCUGGCAGUGGUGGGACGAACGUGAGCCUGCCGGUGUCGAAGCCGGCCUCGUGGGCUGCUAUUGCCAGCAAGCCCGCGAAGCCACAGCCGAAAGCGAAGGCCAAGGGUGGCCCUGCGGUGGGGGGUGCACUGCCCCCUCCUCCCAUAAAGCAUAACAUGGACAUUGGCACCUGGGAUAACAAGGGGCCUGGGCCCAAGGCCCCGGCUGCCCAGCAGGUGCCGGUCCCCCAGGUGGCCCCCCAGCCGACUGGGCAGCCUCUUCCCGCUCAGCACCCCCCUCUGGCCCAGCCGCAGUACCAGAGCCCCCAGCAGCCUCCCCAAACCCGCUGGGUCGCCCCUCGCAACAGGAACGCUGUGUUCGGGCCGAGUGGAGGGACAGGCGGUGACAGUAACUCCCUCGGGAACACGCAGCCCAGCUCUUCCCAGGGCGCGGAGUCCCACCCCAUCCUGGAGAAGCUGAAAGCGGCCCACAGCUACAACCCCCGGGAGUUCGACUGGAACCUGCGGAGCGGCCGCGUGUUCAUCAUCAAGAGCUACUCGGAGGACGACGUGCACCGCUCCAUCAAGUACUCUAUCUGGUGCAGCACCGAGCACGGCAACAAGCGCCUGGACAGCGCCUUCCGCGCCCUGGGCAGCCGGGGGCCUGUCUACCUGCUGUUCAGCGUCAACGGCAGUGGGCACUUCUGCGGGGUGGCCGAGAUGAAGUCACCCGUGGACUACGGCACGAGCGCCGGGGUUUGGUCCCAGGACAAGUGGAAGGGCAAGUUCGACGUGAAGUGGAUCUUUGUCAAGGACGUGCCCAACAGCCAGCUCCGGCACAUCCGGCUGGAGAACAACGACCACAAGCCGGUCACCAACUCCCGCGACACCCAGGAGGUGCCCCUGGAGAAGGCGAGGCAGGUGCUGAAGAUCAUCGCCGCCUACAGGCACACCACCUCCAUCUUCGACGACUUCUCGCACUACGAGAAGCGCCAGGAGGAGGAGGAGGUGGUGCGCAAGGAACGGCAGAACCGGAACCGACAGUGAGGCUCAGAGGGGUUCUCGCAGGUCUGCGGGGUGCGGCCCGGGUGGAGGGGCGUCUUGGUGCUGUCUCCGGCGGGGCUCCGGCCGGCCUCUCCUGCAGGCUCCACUGCUCAUGUCUUACCUUCUUCGUAGUUUAUUUUUGCCCAGAUGGCUCUGCGUUUGUUUGUAUUUUUUCUAUGUAUUAGAAUGUUGGAAACUCACUCAGCAAAGGAGUGUUUCUGUCAGCUUGUCAGUCAGACUGCCCUAAUGUGAAAUGUAAGUAUCCUUAAAAACAAGAUUCUAAUACAUCCCAAAGAUUUAUUAUUAUUA